AACAAUGCUAAUAAAGAAACAAUAAAACAGCAAAGUCAAUAAGGGAAGGCAAAGACUUGCCUUUUGGCAGCCAUUCUCGCUGGCCUGUGCAGCGAAUCCAAGACCCACUUUCACCAACAAAACCAAAACGGUUACACAACUCCACGAGACCCAAACCCUUCAACAAUCCCUUCAUUAUUACACUUACUAUUGUCUGUUUAUAUGUGUAUAUUCCUAUCUCUAUAGCUCUAUUUUGUUCAAGGGGUCAACCAGCAGCAAAUUCUUUUAACACCCCCUUUUUUUUCCUGUGUUUUUCUUGUAAGAUUGGGAGAUUGGUGGAUCGGUUGUAAAAUUUAAGGUUUUGGAAGAAGAGUUUGAUGUUGAUUUGUAGAAGAAGCUGCUGAGCAAGGGCUUAAUCUUAUGGAUAAUUUCUGCUGUUUCAGUUCUCAUCGUGCAGGAGGACGAUCGUCAUGUGGCUCUGGCAAAGGGAGAAGCCACCAGGGGCCUAUUAAGUAUGGAUUCAGUCUAAUAAAAGGGAAAGCAAAUCAUCCCAUGGAGGAUUAUCAUGUUGCUAAAAUUCUUCAACACCAUGGACGUGAGCUUGGACUUUUCGCUAUUUAUGAUGGCCAUCUGGGAGAUAAUGUGCCUUCCUAUCUACAAAAGCAUUUAUUUUCCAAUAUACUAAAGGAGGAGGAAUUUUGGACUGAUCCCAGUAGAUCCAUUUCUAAAGCCUAUGAGAGAACUGAUCAGGCAAUUCUUACACACAGUCCUGACUUGGGAAGAGGUGGGUCUACUGCCGUCACUGCAAUUCUUAUAAACAGUCGAACACUUUGGGUAGCCAAUGUUGGAGAUUCACGAGCAGUUCUUUCAAAGGGAGGGCAGGCAAUACAGAUGAGUAUUGAUCACGAGCCCAACACGGAGCGAGAUGACAUCGAAAAUAAAGGCGGCUUUGUCUCAAACAUGCCAGGAGAUGUUGCAAGAGUGAAUGGCCAGCUUGCCGUUUCUCGUGCUUUUGGUGACAAGAACCUGAAAUCACACCUGCGCUCUGAUCCUGAUGUAGCAAAUGCUGAUAUUGGUGCAGAUACGGAUAUUCUCAUCCUUGCAAGUGAUGGUUUAUGGAAGGUAAUGUCUAAUCAAGAGGCAGUUGACAUUGCGAAACAGAUCAAGGACCCACAGAAGGCAGCCAAGCAACUAGCAAAUGAAGCGGUGUAUAGAGAGAGUAAAGAUGAUAUCUCCUGCAUUGUUGUUCGAUUCAAGUGAAUUCUGGUCCCGGCAUGCAGGAUUUGUAUAUUUGGGGGUUUCUAUUGCAUAGGAUUCGGUUCUGUUUACUGUCACAAGUUCUAUAAUCUUGUGAAUUCCAGCAUUUGUUUGGAAGCUACUCCAAAGCAGGUUAUAUAUGAUGCCCCUCCCUCUCUUGUAAUAUUUAUUUACUCAGGGUGUGCUGUUUGUUGUUGCUUGAUUUCUUCAAGGUGUAGAUUCAUAUCACAUUUUUGUUUAAAUUUGCUUGGUGACUCUGAAGCUAUGCUGUUUACAACCAUAAAUUCUUGUAAUACUUAAUAGGAAUUUGUUAUUGCUUGAUUUAUUGAAUAUUUAGAUCAUACCAUCA